GGUAAAUGUAGCAAAGAAAAAAGAGAAGAAAAUAAAAAUUUAAAUCAUUUUAUGAAAAAAAUAGUGCAAAAAUUAAACAAAAAUCCAAGGAAUAAAAUUAUAAAUUAAAUAAUAGAAAAAAAUUACAAACAAAUUUAAUUUAAAAAAAAAAAAUACGCAAAUGUUUUAAAAUUAACUACAAAUAAAUUUUAUUUUAAAUCUGAAAAAUCUAAAAAACAAUUCAAUUCCUUAGCUCGUAAAUAAAACAAUCUAUGUUUAUAUACAAAAUACUCAACAUCAUACAUCAAUUAUAGGGCGGCGGAUACAUUUCCAUCGCCAUUCAAAAUGUUCAAAAACAAUUUGGAUUUUAGUGUUUUAUAUUGUGUUUUGUUGGUGUUUUUUGUAAGAAGUUGUCAUGCUGACUAUAUAUCCCAUUACCAUCAACAUUACUUUUCCUGUGUCGACUGGAAACAGGCACCCGAAGCCACGGCCGGUAAUUGCACCCGUUAUGGUCGCUAUGGUGCCUUAAGAUGUUAUGGUGGCAUGAAUAAUUUAUUAACAUCCAACGAUAUUUACAGCGAUCAGAAAGUACGUAAAAUGGAGGAGAUCAUAUUUUGUGGUUGGCCCGAACAAGUCUUUAAUCCGGUUAUAGAUUUACAACCAUUUCCCAAAAUAAAAUCUUUGACCAUUGAGUACAGUGAUAUGACGGAAAUUGUUUUCGAUUUUCCCGAAAUGUUUUAUUUGGAGUCCAUAAAUAUAUCUUGGACGAAUUUGUCUUAUUUAGCACCCAGAACUUUUAAAAGAAUACAUUCUUUAAGAAUUGUUGACCUAAGAUGGAAUCAGUUAAUACAAUUGGAUAGCCCUUUGGCCUUGCCUAGAUAUUUUAAAGAACUAUAUUUGGCUGGUAAUCCUUGGAAUUGUACUAGAAAUUUUAAAUGGCUGCUCAUACCGGAAAAGGCCAAAGUGGUGGUGGAUCGUGAGAUAAUAGCUUGUACAGAUCGUAAAUAUAAGGAUCGACAUUUAUUGAUGGUGGUGAAUUAUAAAGCGAUUUUAAAGAGCGCUUGUUUAUCUCAUCCGGAUAUACAGAAUUGUACUUGUCUAAUGCAUCAUAUUAUACCCAAGUCCCAUAUACCUUUGUAUACGGUUAACUGCUCAAAUUUGGGUUUCGAUCGUUUGCCUACGUAUUUGCCUGAGAACACUACCAUGUUUUUUGCUAAUGACAAUAAGAUCACCGAUGUUACGCCUUUACGCAAUAACAUCCAUUAUCGCUAUGUGGUAGAUGUACAUUUGGAAAACAAUUCUGUGGAAAAUAUAGACGUUUUAGAGGGCGGCUAUUGGCUGGAACAUUUUCGCCUACUUAAUUUAAAAAAUAAUAAACUGAAAAAGAUUCCCGUGUAUGCUUUGGACAAUGCCUUGGACGACAAUCCCAAUGCUAAUCUUCUACUGUUGAGUCAAAAUCCCUGGUAUUGUUCCUGUAAAUUUGCCAUGAGAUUUAGAGAAAUUGUAAAUAAAUACAAUGCCAUUUUAAGAGAUGCUUGGAAUAUAUCCUGUACCUAUAAGCAAGGUGAUGAGUUAAAAACUUCGAAAAUAUUGGCCAUCAGCCGGGAAGAUGUUUGCAAGCCUAAGGAUGAAUCUAAAAUACAUGCAUUAGAUUGGGUUAAUGGGCUAUUGGCUUCGUUAAUAGUGUUUAUUUUGGGUAAAUUGGCCUAUGAUUAUUACUAUUAUAAAAACUACGGACGUGUGCCCUGGAUAGUAAUGAAAUUGCCAUGAAUUAAGGCAAAAACGAAGUAAAUUUAAUUAUUAUUAAUAAUUGUGAUAUUAGAAAGGUAAUUUCUGGUAAUAAGAACUGCUUUUCAUUAAAUGUUUAAACGAAUAUUUGUUUUUAAGUAUUAUUUUUCUUUUAAAUAUUCAUAAAUAUUUCUUUUAUUUUAAGUAAAUUUGUGGCUUUUGUACAUUAAAUGUAUGUAUAUAGAUAUAUAUAUAUAAUUUUUACAAAUACCUUUUAAAUAAACUACUAUAAUUUAAUUUAAUAAUAAAAAAAAUCAAUAAAACUAAACAAUAAAAUAGGAAACUUUUAGAGAAUAAAGGAACAACUAAACCACCAAAUCAUUAUAAUGACAAUAA